AUGAAUGCCGGAUCUCAAGCUCGGAUGGUGAAGAUAUGCUUCGCAUACUUCAGACCGCAAGGAACAGCCCUGGAUAUGCAGGAACACAGCAUGCAUAUGGUGGCGCAGACAGGGGACAUUACGGCGCUUAUUCGGUCUUUAUGGCUGCUGGAAGCUGGGCUUGGGGCUGUUGAUGGGAGAAUAACGAGUCCGCGUGUUGAGCUUUUUUCGGGGUGCAGCAAAUUGGCCACACUCAAUGAAGUGGCGAGAGUCUUAAAAGGGCCGAAGAGAGUCGAGAAUCAAGCAAACGAGGGACCGUUUGGAAUGCUGCAGAUGUUCCAGGCCGUCGCGUGUGGUCUGGUCCAGCACCCAGGGCCCCUGGUACACUGUCUUAUCUGUCCGACGCAGCAGGUAAAGAAAGCCCUAUAUUCACAACCAAGCCGGACUCGAGUAACAAACUGGAACCGAACCCGUUGA